CUUAUGAUUCUCCUCCUCUACCCCCACUUACUCCCUCCUUCUCCUCCUCCUCCUAGCAGAUCUGAACAGUCAGUGGUGGGACUGAGGCGAAGGAGAGAGGAGGAAGCAGGAGUAGAGAGAAGAGAGGAGCACAAAAAACAGACCAUUAUAUACGGUAAAUGAGCAAGAGGCCGCUGAGAGAAUAACAAGGAAGGGAUUACAAAGCGCAGGACUUAAAAAAAGAGGACAGGGACGCCAUCUGAAGACUCUAUCUGCUUUCUCUUUUUUUUUUCUUACCCUUUCUGUCACCCUCCCAACUCCUCUCAGAGCCUCUCCCCUUCCAGGCUGUCUCCUCAGAGAAAGAUGGCACUCUCUGACCCAUCCUCAGCUCAUUUCCCUUCCUCUCUUCCCUCCAUCUGAACGCCUUCCCUUUCUUCUCCGCUCUCUGCUCGGGUUCAUUCCAGGAGGUGAGGAGGAGGGGAGAGAGGGGCUGACCUCCCUCCUGCUGCACCUCAACAACACACACACACGCACCUCCUGAAGGGCCUGAACGGAGCAGACAGGGGAGCAGGAAACCGUCUGAUGACUUUCACCCGCUCCACACUCUUUAACCCGGUCGACUGAAGCUCGAUCCUGUGACCCAGACUCUCUGAGUCGGCGCAGCAGAAACCUGGGAAUCAUGUUUGGAUUAAAGACGCCGCACUUCUACCUCGCAGGUAUGAACCAUGAGACCAAUAAAUCGGCAUCAUUAGGAAUGAUCUCCACAGCAACUCGCACCACGGCCACAGUCAGUCCCCUCAGCCCACUAACCAAUGGGAACGCAGCUGCCCAGUCUGCAAACUCCGGAUUUGCUGCCGCCCUGCGUAAACUGGCCAAGCAGGCCGAAGAUCCCCGAGUCUCUGCCCUCAGCGGCGAAUCGUCUCCGGUGUCUUCACCAGGCACCAGCCACCCCUCGCCGGUCGCCACCCCGAAGCGGGGCUCUUUAGGGCCCCUCCUGGGCCAGAGCAGGGGCCACAGUGUGCCGAGCAACACACCCGUGGUCACCAUCGCUCCCACCAAGACCAGCAACGGCCAGUGGAGGGCUGACGGCCGGCAGGUUGAGUCGAGCAUUCAGGGACUAAGCAGGGAGCGGGUGGGAGCCGAGAGCGCCCCGCUGCAGCAGGACAAGAGGACGCCGCCCGUCCCCCCACCUCAUUCGCUGGCUCAGUCCUUUGGCCGCACACACAGCAGUAUCAUGCAAGACCCCCGCUUGCAGAGCAUAAGUUUACCGGGGCAGAUGCACGCCGUGGUUCCCUCGGGGGCUGUUCCAGAGGAAUACCUGCGAGCUCUCCGGCCCUUCGUCACCUCGGAUGACCUCAGACUGACCUCUCUGCCCCUCAGUCUUGACCCUGCCGCAGCGGCCCAUGCGGCGGCGGCAGCUGCUUACUAUCACCCUGCCUACCUGCACCACCCUCUAUCUUUACAAAGCAGGAUGGAGGAGUCUCUUUGUCUUUCUGCACUGCGAUCGCAGUUCUACUCUAUGCCUGCAGGUGGCGCCUUCCCUCCCCUUCACCCCUCGGCCCUGCAGCUGCACCUACCUGGAGGCCGCUACCCAGGAGAAAUUAACCACACAGCUUUCUCUGAGAGGCUACAGAUGGAGAACGAGCUCCGCCAGCGUGAAAGAGAGCAGGAGCGAGAACGAGAGAAAGAGAGGGAGCGCGAGGCCGGGCUGGAGCGAGAGCGAGAGCGGGAAGAGGAGCGGGAGAGAGAGCUGGACAGACAGAAAGAGAGACAGAGGGACAGACAGCACCAGAUGGUCCGGACGGCGGAGAGUCAGUACCUGGCUGAGCUGCAGGCUCGAAGGGCAGCACCGCCGGAGGACAGGGCCCGACCUGGAGAGAGACUCACUCCUACCAGGCUGGAUAAAACCAAAGACCCAGACCAGCUGAAUUUCCCAGGAACAAAAGCUGUGCCCCUGCAGCCUGGACUGUCGUCCUCCAGGGCGUCCGUCCCGCUCCCGGUGCCCAGCCUGCUGCCGGCUCACCUGGGGAAGCAUCGUGCCGUUGCCUCUGGGGGGAUCCAUGAAGCUCUGGCAGCCGCCAUGAUGACUCAGAGGGCGAGUGAAGAGGUGUGGUUGGCACGGCAACGGGCACAGGGACAGGAGAGGGAGGGUCCACUGGAGGUGGGCCUCAGGUCACCUGGGAAAGGCGCGGAGACGAGAAGAGACAGCCACAGAACCAGUUCAGUCUAUCACAACCCAGGCAGCAAAGACAUACCCCUUGGUGCUCCACCGCCGCUCAUCUCCCCUAAAGGUUCCCACCAUCCCACUGCUCCUCCGACAAACCUGUGGAACCCAGCCUCCCUCGUCGACACGCCCGCAGACUCCCGCAGAAAAUUCAACGCCCCUACACCGCCGACCCGACCGCCGCCGGGACUGACCCGGACCGACAGGCCUCCAAUGAGCUGGGGAGACGACGCAAGCAGGAGGACUUCUAAAAGCCCAGAGAGGUGUCCCCCUCUGAGGGGAGCGGCUUUACAAGAGUCGUGGAGCAGGACUGAGCCGGACCGAGCCCUGCACGGCUUGUACCCGCGGCAUCACAUCAACAAUCACCACAGACCGACCGCGCCUCCGUCUGCCCCGACCGAACAGGGGCUUCAGUACCAGGCAGGCCCUCCGUCCCUGAUCCGGGAGCGGCAGACGCAAGCGGUGGACAGCAUGCUGAUUUACGACGAGGUUCUGCAGCAGCACCGGCGGCUGCUCAGUAAGCUGGACCUGGAGGAGAAGAGGAGGAAGGAGGCCAGAGAAGGAGGUUAUUACUAUGACCUGGACGAGUCGUAUGAUGAGAGCGAUGAAGAGGAGGUGAAGGCUCAUCUGAGGAGGGUGACAGAACAGCCGCCUCUCAAACUGGACACAUCCUCCGAGAAAGUGGACUUUUUGCGUUUGUGCGGCCUCACCACACUGACCCACCGGGAUGAGCUGCUGGCUGAGAAGAGGAAGAAGAGGAGGAGGAGGAUGAGAGAGCGCAGUCUCUCCCCACCAGCAGUGCAGAGCAAAAGAAAGAUUUGUUCACUUUCAACGCCCACAGCUUCCCUAACCACCCAGUACUCUACUGAGCAGAUGGACAGCACUCCUGAGCUGGAGGAGAAAAAAGACUUCCUCCUUAUGUUCAACCUCAGCCAUGUCAGCCCUCAGCAGAGGAGAGAUAAGGAGAAGACAGAGGAGCUGCUGAGGGCUAUUCAGAGGAAGACUGUGACAUUAGACACACUCAGAUAUAAUCCUCUGCCGCUGUGUAGAAGUCCUGCUUCUCUUUUAACUGGGGACUCCUCCGCAGCUCCUCAGUCAAAUGGACACCAGUACCCAGACUCUCCCAGUCCCUCUCCUCCCUACUCACACAAACACAGGCAGAAUGACACUCCCAAAGCCUCCAUGGACUCCCAGGUUCCCCGCAUCCCUCCACCGUUGGCCCCCCAUCAUGACAAAUGUGAAACAGCAGAGGCUCAGUCAAACAGGAAGCUCCAGGUUCUUCAGAACGGCGGCGCCCUUCAGAAAAAGGAGCCCGGUCCUCUAGCGAACGGCCGGAGCCGGCCCUGGGAGAGGUUCACACCUGAGGCUUUCGCCCAGCGCUUCCACCAGGCGGUGCUGCAGUCCACACACGGCACGCUGCAGAGCAAAGGCGUCUCAAACUGUGCCGCAGAAGUCGGUGGAAAACCUGAACGCUCGCUGCCUCCAAGUAACCCUCAUCUGAAAACGUUGCACAUCAACCAGAGCGCUCGGCACACACACGUCAACGGCCACCAUUUCCACUUGCCAGCAGCAAGCCAAGACACUCCGGCUCUGCGGGAGCACCUGUCCAACGAGGAAGAGGAAGAGUCUGACGAUGAGGAAGAGGAGGAAGCGCCGAGGAAGUGGCAGGGCAUUGAAGCCGUCUUUGAGGCCUACCAGGAGUAUGUGGACGAGUGGAGCAUAGAGCGGCAGGUUCUCCACAGUCAAUGUAAAAGACUUGAAGCUCAGAAUUACAAUCUGACCAGAACUGCUGAGCAGCUUUCUCUCACCAUGGGGGAGCUGGUGAGUCAGAGGCAGAAAGUGAGGGAGGAGCGGGACAGGCUACAGGCCCAGCUCGAGCACUUCAGGAGAUGUUUGACACUGCCGAAUGUCCACUGGGGCAGGAGCCAAAGCAGCGGGCAAGCACAGAGGUGACCUUCGAAAGAGGCCGCGUCACACUGAAGGACUGCCGGGCUGCUCGCCUCACUUCAGGAGCUGGACAUCUUCUUGUUUCCUCUCUGACCUGUCCAGUUGUUACCUGACCCCUCCCUGGGUUUCAUUUUUAUUUACCUGCCAUGUUGCAAAGCCAGUGGAAUCCAGAGGGUCUGAUCAUGGAUAGUAAAAACAGUUGGCCCACAGUUGCCACCCAUAAUUGAGCUCGUAUCUUCAUUGUGUUGGUUAACGCACACUAGGAGUCUCUCUGGGCAGCAUCAAGAAGAGUCGAGUUCUUCAGUGAGGUUUAGGUCAAGGAAUCAAAGCUCACCUCAGGCCUUAAAAUUGACAGGAUGCACUUGAAAUGGAAUUAGAGUAAAUACUUGACAGUCUUCUGUGUUGUUAAAUGUAAUGUAUUCUGAAUUCAGAGCAGUUUGCAUGCUCACAAAAUGACCUACAGGACAAAUGAAGCUUCUAAAGUAUAUUUAAUAGCAAAAGGGUUUCAGUUGAGGGUGUGUGUGUUUUUUUUUUUUUAUUUGUAAUGGUUCUUGUGAUAGACGAAGAGUUUUGUAAGUUUUACUGCUUUAACUUGUGAGAAAGCCAUAUGCUUUGGGGCAACUGCUGCUGGUCAGAAUAAAAGUGUUUAGUAAAUUAUGGACAGUAGAACAGUUGUGUUUUGACAAAAAGAAAUGCUAUGUGAUGUCAAAACGUUUGGGAUUCAAGAGAAGCACUGCUGUCAGAACGUGAUAAAUGUUGGUCUCUGAUAUUGUCCAUAUGAUGAUCAGUGUCCACAGUAACUAUCGCAUGUCCAUAAAAUUAGUUUUCUGAUGGGCCUUUUUGGGUUUUUCAUGUGGCACUGAAGUACUUUUGGACAGAUCCCGGUUUAAUUACGUUGAGGAGAGUAUUUUCAACACGGUGUCUCUUGAGACUUGAUGGCCUAUGUGUGACAUGAACAUCAAAGUCGUCAAUUUUUUUAUGACAAAGUAAUGCCUCUGUUCUCUUUUUAUAAGAUUUAUUUUUGCUCAAGCCACAUAAAUUAACGUCACAAAGGGAAAUUAUUAUUAUUUUUUUUCAUGUACUAGAAUCUCUUUGAGCACAAGACACAGUAGCAUUUCCUCCCAGUUCACCUGACAGCUUGGCUCUGUCACCUCUUCAAACCUGCUGAGAAGUCUUGAAUAGUUGCUUCAAUCAGUUUUUAUGUGAUGUAUUAUUUGGGCUGUAUAAUUGCAAUGAACUAUUUAUUACCACAUAUUGGUGUACAUUCCGAUGGAAAUUUACAUUAAAAUAUUUGAAAAAUG